AUGGCUCCACAGGAGGCUGUGAGUCCAGGGCCCAGCUCCCUGGGUCUCAGCCUGCUCCUGGCUCUGCUGCACACAAGUCCUGAGGGCAUCAGUGGACACUUGUCCUCGCUGCCACCUGGCUGCCUGAUGGGCCUGCUGAGGGUAUCCUGCCAGGGCCUGGGCCUUCCCACAUUCCCAGCAGUGUUGCCUUGGACCACAGAGGAGCUCGACCUGUAGGACUUGCAAGUGGGUGAGAGAGGUCUGCGUCACCUGGACCUCCGGGGGAACAGGCUAGCGGGGCUCUCCCCGGGGGCCCUGCUGCCCCUGCGCUGGCUCCAAGCUCUCAUUCUGGCCGGCAAUUCCUUGAACCGGGACUACGAGGCCAACAGCCGGGCCCUGUGGCCUCUGGGCCACCUGCGGCUCUUGGACCUCUCUGCCAACCACCUGGACAGUGACAUGGCUGCCUUCUACGUGGCCAAUCUCAGCUCCCUGUGGAGCCUGAAUCUCUCUAACAACCUCAUCACGCGCCUGGCACGAGGCAUCUUCCUGGGCUCCCCCAACCUGUUGGACAUCGACCUUAGUGACAACUACACCCUACAAAUAGAGCCUGGGGCGUUUGAAGGUUUGCCGCAGCUGUGGGAGCUCUCCCUAGCUAGAAACUCCCUGCACUGCAUCUCUGAUUUCAGCCUCCGGGCGCUGUGGAGACUCAACCUGAGCUCCAAUGCCCUGCAGUUCUUCGCCACUGAGAAAGGCAGUUGGGACUACCAGCUCCAGGUGCUGGACCUGAGCCACAAUCAGCUGAGGGCCAUGCCAGCGCUUUCAGCUCUCUACCAUCUCCACCAUCUCAACCUAUCAGACAACCAUCUGGCUUCCCUGGAGCCCCACGGGGCCCCACCCUCACCUCAGGGCCCUGGUCCUUGGGACCUAGAGGGGGCCAGGCCAAAUUGGACCCAGAGUGGCCAUGACCCAGCAGCCAACUUGCCUGAGCUCACCGACCUUGACCUCAGUAGGAACCGCCUGGCCAUGCUUCCAGUGGGUGGGGGGGCGCCCUUCUACCUGAAGCACCUGAGGCUGAGCAACGGGCUGAGGGGCCUGUGCCCCACUGCAUUGCCCCCGGCAGCCUUGUUCUCUCUAGAUCUCUCGGGCAACACGGGGCUAGCCCUGGACCCCAGCGACCUUCAGGGCCUACAGCACUCCUUGCACAAGCUCUCACUGCGAGGCAAUGGCAUGGACAACACCCGCUUGGGCCUUCCCUGCCUUCAGGAGCUGCGAGUCUUGGACCUCUCUGGCAAUAAGCUGGCUAACCUGCCCUGGUCCCUCAGCUGCUCCUCAUAUCUGCGGAGCUUGGACCUGCGUGGAAACCUCUUCCAGGCCCUGGACACAGAGGUCCUGCGGCCUUUCAGGGGCCAUCUCCACUCUCUGUUCAUCGCGGGCAACCCCUUGCGGUGCUGUACCCUGGACUGGCUGGCUGCUCUGGCCAGUGCCAACGUGAGUGUACUGGACCUCGAAGAAGCGCAGUGUGUGUACUCAGACAGUGAGGGGGGCUCCCAGGCCCCCCUGGCCAGGGACCACAGCCACCUCUGUAGCUGGCGGCAGUGGCGGGGAACUCAGGCCGGGUGGGUGCUGCUGGCUCUGAGUAGCAUGUUCUUCAUCUGCUGUGGGGUGGCCGCCCUGCUGCAAAACAGUUCGAAGCUGCGCUGGGCCCUGCAGCUUAGGGAGGGUGGGGCCUGCUCAAAGCCAGAGUCUGAGGACAACCAGAAGACCAUGGGUGGGGAGAACAUAGGCGGGCCUGGCCUGGAGAGAAGUGGAGGCAGGCAGGAAAUGCCCGAGCGAAAACUAGCAACACAGGCUGCUUCCUGUCCACACUGA